AUGGAAGUAACAGCUCUUUUUUUCUCUCAUCUAAAUAGAGUCAAUUCAAUUAGUUCUGUUGUACGAACUAUAACAGAGGUGAAGCACAAAUGGCAGGAUCUUCAGCUGAAAUCAAAGAAGAAGGAGUCAGAAAGAAAUAGGCUCCAGAAUCUGACAGGUGGUGGACCAGCACCACCUGCUUUAACACCACUGGAUUACAUUGUACCUGUUUCUCAGAAUGAACAAACAGAUCCAAUUGGAAGUGCUGAUGACAAUGUUAAUAUUUUGAUAGACUUGUCGACUGGAAAGGAAAUCAGAAUUAACGAAAAUGAAGAGACACUUUGUGGUAUUGAGAGCAGACCCAAGGAACAAACAUCACCACCAUCAAAGAAUAGGACUGGAAAGACAGUGGAAAGUGAUUCUACCAGUAAAUUGUUGAUAAUAGAACAGGUAAAGUUACAGUUGAAAAAAAGAAAAAUAGAGUUGAUGGAGGAAAGAAAUGAUUUGGAAAGAAAGAAACUGAAAUUUUUUGAACUUAUAGCAGAAAAGUUAUCUGUAGUUAAUGAGCAAUAGGUCAAAUUUAUCCCUACUCUGUGUACAAGCAAAUUGAUUAUUCAUUAUUGUAUCAUGUAUAAGUUUUAUUUUUAAGUAUUUUUCCAGGAUAAUUGUUCAUACUCAAAAACAGAUAAGUAAUAAAAGGUCCAUCUAUUCACAAGCAUUUUAUUACCGUUUAUUAAUUCUAUUGAAGACUAAUGAGAUAAUGUCACU